GACAGCGCGACGCCAUCAUAAAAUAAUUCCGCCAAAUUCAUUUACAACACGCGCAAAUCAGCGCGUGUUUCUUUUCUAAUUGAGAGGUUAAGUUUAUCAUAUUAAUGUUUGAAAAUUUGUCAAGUAUAAAAUGGUUCGACAUAAUAAUCAAUUGGCUCAUAAUUUACCCCAACUCCAAAACUUGAUAAAACGUGAUUCAGAGUCUUAUAAAGAAGAGUUCCUACAACAAUACAGCCAUUACAAAUCUACAUUAGAAGUAUUCCGCCUGACUCCAAAUGAAUUCAACAAAAGUCUCGAUGAAUUGCUUAUGUUUUUAGCCCAGGUGUCUCAUUGUUACACAGCUGAAUUGGUUUCAUAUCCACAAGAAUUAGUAGAUAUCCUCAAAACUCAUGCUACAAUACUUGAUCCUGAUAUUCGUAUGACAUUAUGCAAGGCGUUAAUACUCCUAAGAAACAAAAAUUUACUAACGCCUACAGCACUACUGAGUUUGUUCUUCGAGUUGCUAAGAUGCGAAGACAAAAAUCUCAGAGAAUUUCUCCAAAAUCACAUAAUAUCAGACAUAAAAAACCUGAACAGCAAGCACAAAAACUCAAAAGUAAACACUGUUUUGCAGAACUUCAUGUUCAAUGCAUUAAAAGAUUCAAAUGCGCGUGCAGCUAAAAUGUCUGCAGACAUAAUGAUCGAGCUGUACAAGAAGAAUAUUUGGAAUGACGCUAAAACAGUAAAUGUUUUAGUAACAGGAUGUUUCUCAAAAAUAACUAAAGUAAUGGUGACUUGCUUGAAGUUCUUCUUGGGAUCUGACCCAGAUGGGAAAGAAGAGAACAGCAGUGACAGUGAAGAUGAUACACCGGACUUGAAAGGAGUUAUAAUGGCCAAUAAGGUCAAUAAGAAAACUAAGAAACGUGAGAAGCAGCUAAAGAAAGCCAAGCAAUUGUUUGCAAAAGCGAAGAAUAAGAAAUCUAAAGCGCCACAAUUUAAUUUCUCAGCGCUGCAUUUGAUCCAUGACCCGCAAGGUUUCGCGGAGAAGCUUUUUGUGCGUCUGAAAAAAAAUAAUGAUCGAUUUGAAGUAAAAUUGAUGACUGUAGAGGUGAUUUCCCGAAUGAUAGGUCUUCACAAGCUGUUUUUGCUUAAUUUUUACCCGUAUUUGGCGAACUUCUUGCAACCUCAUCAACGAGAGGUCACAAAGUUACUCCAGUGUCUUGCUCAAGCUUCACAUGAGUUGGUACCACCGGAUGUAAUGGAGCCUGCUGUAAAAAAAGUGAUACACUUUUUUGUGAAUGAUUCAAAUUCUAGCGACGUUAUUGCUAUUGGAUUGAACGCAGUUCGCGAGAUCUGCUCUCGGUGUCCUCUUGUGAUGAGUGAAGACAUGCUCCAAGAUUUGGCGAUGUACAAAAAUCACAGGAUGAAGAGUGUCAUGAUGGCUGCGAGGUCGCUCAUUUCACUGUUUAGGGUAACGAUGCCCGAGUUGCUGCACAAAAGGGAUCGUGGAAAGCCUACGGAAGCUACUGUUGCUUUGGAACCUCUUCAGUAUGGGCAGGUUGAUGCUAAAGAUUUUGUUCCCGGUGCUGAAGUUCUUUUGAAGCCGGCUAAAGAGCACAGUGAUGACAGCGAUGAUGAUGAUGAUGAUGAUGAUAGUGAGGGAGAGUGGGUGGAUGUUAGUCAUGAUGAAGAUGAAGCUGAUGUUGGUGAUGAUGAUGAUGAUGAUGAAAGUGAGGAAGAUGAUGAUGAUGAUGAUGAUGAUGAUGAUGAUGAUGAUGAGGAAGAAGAUGAUAGUGAAGGUAAUGAAGAUGAAGAAAGUAAUGAAAAAAAAUCAGUAAAGAAUAAUACUGAAGAAAAAUCUUUAACUACUAACAAAGAAAGUGGGCCUAAAAGAAGAAAAAUGGAAAAACCUAAAAAAAGAACGAAACUAGAUAGAAAAAGAGACAAACAAGAAAGACUUGCUAGAAUGAAGAAAGCUAAAAAAGAAGAAUUUACAGCGGAAAAGAAAGAAAAAGCUGCGCAGAUUUCUCUUGAAAAAAUAUUGACUGAUGAAGAUUUUAAAAGGAUUGAUGCAGCUUUGAUCAAGCAGCAAGUGACUUCUGCCAAACGGGGAACUAAGAGACCUUUAGUAGAAGAGCCUAAGGGUGAAUUAGUUAAGCUUGGGGAUAUUGAAAAUAUUUACAAGAAACGGAAGCAUGAUAAACAAGCUAGGAUUGAUAGUAUUAAGGAAGGAAGAUCGGACAGAGAGAAAUUCGGGUACAAAGACGGUCGUCAAAAUCCGCUUUGUAGUAAGACGAAUCGCGAGAAAAAGAAGACAAAGGCUUUCCAGAUGAUCAAGCACAAGGUGAGAGGUAAAGUUAAGCGGUCCUUCAAAGACAAGCAAGCGGCGUUGAGGAACCACUUGAUUCAUCAGAAGAAAAUGAAAUAAGUAUAUAUUUUUAUGUAAAGAUAUAUAACAAAUAAAUGAAGAUAUUUAUAGACUA